UGUGCAAGGAAUGUAGACGUGCCCGUUCGAUUAACUAGUGCUAAAACAACCACACCAUGACUGCAAUUCUUGGUGCUGGCAUCAGCGGACUGGCGGCUGGCCAUUAUUUGCUCAGAAAAACGCCAACACUGCCUCUCUCCAUCUACGAGGCGACAGAUCGCGUUGGCGGUUGGAUACGAUCGGACCGGUACCUGGAUCAUGGAUAUGUGUUCGAGGCUGGACCUCGCACAAUACGCCCGAAAGGGCCGGCAGCAAACAACACGCUCGAACUGAUAGAGGACCUCGGGUUGGCUGAUCAGGUGUACUCAAUCAGCUCCAGUCAUACGGCGGCUCGAAACCGCAUGAUAUACGCCAAGGGCAAGCUGAACCUGUUACCCUCAUCGCUGGGAGGCCUGUUGAAAACCGUUCCUCCCUUCACGAAACCACUCUACUUUGCUGCCUUUCGAGAUCUGCUUGCCGGACCCUCGAAGACCCCGCUUAAAGACGAAUCAAUGUACUCCUUCGUUGAGCGACGGUUCGGCAAGGAGAUAGCCGAUUAUGCCGUCAGCGCGAUGCUGUGUGGUAUUUGUGCCGGUGAUGCAAAGGAGAUAAGCGUGAAGUUUCUGAUGAAAGAACUCUUCGAGCGAGAGCAACGCCACGGUGGCGUGAUCAAAGGGCUCCUGAAAGAAGCAUUUCAGAACCGGAACAAAUCCGCUAAGCAGGAACCGAUACCGGUUGGAAAACUUGCGGCGCAAGCAAAGGCAGAAAACUGGAGCAUCUACUCGAUACGCGGUGGGCUGCAGGCGCUUCCGGAAACCUUGGCUAGUGAUCUGUCCGCAAAGGGCGUGUCGAUCGUAACGGAAACGAAAUUUGAGGAAUUAACGUUCGAUCGCGAUCGUAUCAUGUUACGUGUGGACGGAAAAGAGCAAGAGCUGAGUCGCGUCGUUAGUAGCAUUCCCGCCUACAAGCUGGCCACGCAUGUCCAAAAGCAGCAUCCCCAGUUGGCGACGUCUCUGGCAAGCAUUCCGUUCGUUGAUGUGUGCGUCAUCAAUCUGCAGUAUCGGCGAGGAGAUUUGCUCAAGCAAGAUGGCUUCGGAUUGCUGGUGCCACCGAUCGAAAACCUACCAAUAUUGGGUGUGAUUUUCGAUAGCUGCUGCUUCGACAUGGAGGAAAACACGGUGCUGACGGUUAUGAUGGGUGGCGCGUGGUUCGAGAAGUGGUUUGGUAAGAAUCCUUCCGAAGACCAUCUGCUCCACAUUGCGCUGGAGCAUGUUAAGAAGAUUCUGCACAUCGAGCAGCCCCCCGAUACGUACAAAGUGAAUUUGCUGCGCAAAUGCAUUCCACAGUACACCGUUGGCCAUCAAGAGCGGGUGAAAGCGAUACGGGACUAUAUCGCACACCAUCGACUGCCGGUCGCGCUUUGCGGCGCUUCAUACGACGGUGUUGGAGUAAAUGAUGUGAUCCUAUCCGCCAGAAGGUGUGUUGAAAAUAUGGAACUCGAUUGAAAUCGGACAACUGUAGGUUAUCGGCUAAAAUGUUCAGUCACCUGGUGAAAGUAACUCAAAUAAAUAUCAUGUGUGUGCAAUCCUUCCUUAAAAAU